AUGCCUGAUCUACUCGCACCGACCCUGUCCUCAGACCCUGUUCUCAGACCCUGUCCUCAGACCCUGUUCUCAGACCCUGUCCUCAGACCCUGUCCUCAGACCCUGUCCUCAGACCCUGUCCUCAGACCCUGUCCUCAGACCCUGUCCUCAGACCCUGUCCUCAGACCCUGUUCCUCAGACCGUGUUCCUCAGACCGUUGUCCUCAGACCGUUGUCCUCAGACCGUUGUCCUCAGACCGUUGUCCUCAGACCGUUGUCCUCAGACCGUUGUCCUCAGACCGUUGUCCUCAGACCGUGCCGUCCUCAGACCCUGUCCUCAGACCCUGUCCUCAGACCCUGUCCUCAGACCCUGUUCCCACAAGUCCAAGCAUUUGUGAGGAGCGACAAGCCCAAGAUGUUCAAAGGCCUGCAGAUCAAGUACGUCCGCGGCGCCGAUCCUAUCCUCAAGCUCUUGGACGACAGUGGGAACAUCGCCGAGGAGCUCAGCAUCACCAAGUGGAACACCGACAGCGUGGAGGAGUUCCUGAGCGAGAAACUAGACCGAAUAUAG